AUGUGCGACUCCAAUCGCGACUUGUUCCAUGGGGAACGGCUGCAGCUCCUCGACCAAGUGUCGCCACCGAUCCAAGUUGUGAGAGGUUACGUCCGCGACGAACAGACGACUCUCGAGAUCAGCAAGAAGUUUAUGACAGUGACCGAUGAAACGUCGGUGGUCAUGGACGGCGACGGCAAGCCUGUCGUAACAGUAAAGGGACCCGCGUUCUGGAUGAACCACUUCAAGACCAUCUACGACGGGUCUGGAACAAUACCGCUGUUCAAGAUGCGCAACAAGAAAGCGAGCCUCCAGCGUCUCUUCAUCUGCGAGGAUGAACAGGGCACCGAACUCUUCCGUAUCCAACGCAAGUUCAAGUGGCUUCAUGUCAUCCUACACGCCAUCAUACCCAGCCCAGAUGGGGAGGGGGAGACAACCCUCGAGCUGGCGGACAAGGCGAGGUUUGGCUUCUCGGCCGAGAUCAGGGAGGUUGGGUCGGGCGCCGUCGUCGCGACGUUGGCCCAUUCGUUCUGGAAGAAGGACCUCGUGCUCAAGAAUAAGGAGGCGUACGUUGUUAAUGUUGCUGCGGGCGUCGACUUGAGCGUCAUUGCUGCGUUGUGCUUUGCGUGGGACCAAGCAAAGGAGGACGAUAGGCACGCGUCCAGCCCCGGUGGCGGCCAUUGA